AUGACAAAGGAUGAAACCAUCAAUACAUCUGAACACAUUAAGGAAGAACAACCAAUUGCUGAACAGGAAGAAGAUGAAGAAGAGGAAGAUGAAGAAGACCAAGUUGACCGUGAAAAGAUAAAAAUCCUACCUCAAGCUACCUCUGAAGAUGGCACUAGUGCUUCAUUCCAAAUUCUUGAAGAAGAUCAUACAUUAGGUAAUCCACUUCGUUAUAUAAUAAUGAAGAAUCCACAAGUUGAAUUCUGUGGUUACUCUAUACCACAUCCAUCUGAGAAUUUAUUAAAUAUCAGAAUUCAAACUUACGGUGACAUUACAGCUGUAGAGGCUCUACAAAAAGGUUUAACUGAUCUAAUGGAUUUAUGUGAUGUUGUUGAAGAGAAAUUUACCGACAAGAUCAAGCAACUAUAG